AUGGCCAGUCUGGCAGCCUCUCCAGCGCCUGUCGCGCGGGCGCUCAGUGCCCACAACAACCCCGUGCCCAGCAAUCCAAGAGGAGCUUCUGAAGCUGCGAGGCCGCUGGGAGGACGCCAGGCCGUGCCACUGCUUGGGGUGUGCGCCUGUGCCGUAUCUCGCACACAGCGGCAAGUGCAACGGAGUUGGCAUCGGAAUCCUGGCAAAGUCGUCCGUGCGGCUGCUGAGCCAAAUGCUGACGAGUUGAGGGAGCUUUGGCAGAAAGCCUACCAGCUCGAGCACGAGCGCAGUGAGGGGCUGAGGAGCUCAGAUUCUCCUACACUGCCGGCGGCCCCGGAGGAAAACGCCACAGCCGAAGAGUGGCAAGCGGCCUACGAAGCACUGAAGGCGGCGAAUGCCGAUCUGGAACGAGCGAAGCGUGAGCUGCUGGCGGCGCAAGAAGCAAGCGAGGACUCGAGUGAAAGCGCAGAG